AUGCCAGUGGCCAUAGGUCCCAAUGGAAAGUCCCAGCCAAGCUGCUUCAACCACACAAAGAUGGACUUUGUAAUGGGUUACACCAUGGGCAUGGUGGCUGGCACCUUUUCCUGUCUCAGGAUUGGAAUGCAUGAUCGAGAGUUGAUGGGCAGCAUCAGGAAAACCAUGAUGCAGAGUGGCAGCACCUUUGGCACAUUCGUGGCCAUCAAGAUGGGCUCUGAUUCUAAUCAAGGCAGUGGUUGCCCUCAUCUACCUGAUUUUAUGUCCAUGAUGAAGCACAGCCAGUUGUGCCAGAUCUUUGGGCCUAGAGUAAAUCAAUCAGCUGUUCAUCAGAGCAGCUCUGACACCUUUAGAGGAUGA